AUGCCACUGGUAGAUGAUACAUGUCAGAGGGCCUCAGAAGGGACCCAUCAGGACGGCUGGCCUUUUGGUCGAGGCGACGAGAUACAGCCGUAUGCGGGCACUGCGCAAACUUGGGUCACAGUCAAUGGCUGGCUGGAUGAGUGCCUGGCUGGGCAUCAGAGGUGCGCGAGCAAUUUGAGCUCUACCUGGUACCCUAAGCGCUUGCUUCACCUUUCUAAUACAGAUGCUGCGCAGUUGAUAUAUACACAUCAACAUCGGCCAAGCUCCGCCUAUGUUGCACUGAGUCACUGCUGGGGAGGCAAGAUUGGACUGCUGAACCUUACGACUAGCGAGCCGGAGCUGCUCAAGGGUGUGCAAUGGGCCCAGCUGCGCAAUACCUUUCGAGAUGCCAUCACGGCUACUAGACAAAUAGGUAUGCAAUACCUCUGGAUUGACUCGCUAUGUAUCCAGCAAGACGAUCGAGCGGACUGGGCGCAACACGCUGAAUGUAUGGAUAAAGUCUUCCAGCAUGCGCAGCUUACGAUAGCAGCUACUUCCUCUCCUAACAGCUCGACCUGCUUCCUAGGACCAGACACCAAGCCUUCUAGGAAGGAAUGGCAUGCUGUGAAGAUGAAAGCUAGAGUACCUGGAUGGCCUGCUGAGAUCAAAGCAAGUAGAUACUCACCUUCAUUGUCACCGAGCUGGCCAGCAGAUGGCCCUCUGGAGUUACGAGCUUGGGCAUGGCAGGAGAGAUAUCUCUCGAAGAGAAUCAUCAGCUUCGCAGAUGAUGAGAUGAAAUGGCAUUGUAAUUCGGGCGAUGCCUGCGAGUGUAGCCCGGCCAUCCAUACGCCGAACGAAAACAAUAGCUCUUGGACGAUCAUCCGAAAGGAGAGAACAGCUCUGCGGUGGCGUGAAGUGGUGAGCGACUACUCGCCUCGGCAUCUAACGUUCCCUAGCGACAAGCUCCCUGCGAUAGCUGGUGCGGCAUCUCGCUUUGCAGAGACUCUGGGGUCAGAGUAUUUAGCAGGGUUAUGGAAGUCUGACUUCCCUCGUUGUCUGGCCUGGAGGGUUCGUGAGGGUAGCGAUUGUCCCACAGAGCCACACGAGAUGCGGUGUUCCAUGCCGAAUUACGCACCAUCGUGGUCAUGGGCCUCGAUAGAUGUCCAGAUCGAUUGGCACAAUUCUUCCAAGUUUGAUGCGAAUGGUAAAUUGAUCACCGUUGACCCUGCAAUACACGAUUCUGCUCUAUUUGUGGGACAUGACUGUCAACCGUCCACAGCGAACAGGUUUGGAGACGUACGUCCUGGUAGCUGGCUAGAGCUUGAAGGUAAGAUCAUCGAUGCGCAGCUCGAAUAUGAUGUCCAUGGUUGCGCUUGCGUUCGCCGAUCGAACAUGCCUCCGCAGCUCGUCAUGAUCGAUUGUCGUCUUGUUGCUGCUGCAUCCAGGGAAGAGGAGCAAUCACCAGUCCCCACAACUCGGGAUGCCGGGGACGAGACAAUGCGUCGCUCGUCGACAUGUAGAUCUUCCGCUGCUUCGCUCAGACGAAUACGGAGAGCUCUCUACCACGAAUACGAACCAUUGAUCGAUACUGCAAGACGAUGUGCGCACGUCCUGUGCCUGUUGCUUUAUACUGAGCUCUGGGACGGCAAGAAAUAUCCGUACAUACUCGUACUGAGUGAGACGACCGGAGGCUGUCAUCAACGGGUCGGCAUUGGGAUCGGACACGAUGAGUCUGAGCAACAGAAUACUGGAUUCGAUGGACGAUUAGGCUCACUAUAUCGAGCUAGGAAGGAUAAAUUUGACAGAUGGAGGGGCUGGGAGACGCUCUCCGAGUGGCAUGAUUGGGAGAAGUGGUUUGCUGUUGCUGAGACUAGGACGGUGCGUAUUGUAUAA